UUCCGCUUCCGGUUCUUUAUUCCGGAAGUUGCUCUCACAGGCAGCGUGCGAGUGUGCUCUUUGUGAAAUUCCACCAUGGCGUACCGCGGCCAGGGCCAAAAAGUGCAGAAGGUUAUGGUGCAGCCCAUCAACCUCAUCUUCAGAUACUUACAAAAUAGAUCGCGGAUUCAGGUGUGGCUCUAUGAGCAGGUGAAUAUGCGGAUAGAAGGCUGUAUCAUUGGUUUUGAUGAGUAUAUGAACCUUGUAUUAGAUGAUGCAGAAGAGAUUCAUUCUAAAACAAAAUCAAGAAAACAACUGGGUCGGAUCAUGCUAAAAGGAGAUAAUAUUACUCUGCUACAAAGUGUCUCCAACUAGAAAUGAUCAAUGAAGUGAGAAAUUGUUGAGAAGGAUACAGUUUGUUUUUAGAUGUCCUUUGUCCAAUAUGAACAUUUAUUCAUAUUGUUUUGAUUACCCUUAUGUUAUUACAAGAUGGCAAUAAAUACUGUGGGAUUGUUUGUAUUAAAAAAUUUACAUUGCUUCUAACUAUUCAGCAGUAGAGACUUUUUACGCAGUAACACCAUUCAUUGUUGGUAUUUACUUUAGUUUUCUGAAGGGUGGCAGUUGCCUUGAGCAGUUGGUAUUCGCAGAGCUUGGACCUGUAGAUUUUGAGGCAGAUUAGGAAUUCUGCCUGACAGGUAAGCUUCCAGUAUUGGGAGGUGGAGAAGGGGAGGGUUCAGAAAAAUAAAUAAGGGUUAUUGCACUAACAAAUGUCUUCAUCACUUCUAGUUCUGGAUGCUGGAAUACCAGAGUUUCUAACCUAAAUAGGUUGGGUACAUUAUUUAAUGGGGUCAGUAUUGCUCAACACUCUCAUUGAGUCACUGUGAGGUCUUUGUGAAUUUUAUCACUAAGAUCAGAAUGUUAGAAGUAUUUAGGUAUAGGGAAAGAAUGAAGUGCUUUUCAAGUACAUUAAAAAUCAGUUAAGAGUUUACAGGAAAGAGACUGAGAUUGGUAAUCUGAAAAGGACCACAAGCACAGCUGGUAGGCAAAUUGUUAGGCAGAAUAAUGGUAUGUUGGAGAAACACACCUGUCUCUUAUUCUUAUCUCUCAAGAAUUUUGGUUCUUCCCCCAGUGAUUGCUGAUUAAAUUCUUAUGUGGACAGGUUUCCCUUCCCCCCAGUAUCGCACAUGGUUCUAGUUAGAAUUCUGUUAGAUAGUGAGCAUCUGCUGUUAGCUAGACACGUGUUGAAUCAAUACAGUGAAACAGACUGGUAAAUAGGUAGUUUUAAUGCCUCUUCCUAAGUGCUGUUUAAAUUGGAUCUUGAAAGAUGAAUAAGGCCUGCCUUAAGUUCUGCUAAAGACAAUGUUGUUACUAAGGAUGGGUGAGGAAGGACCAAGAAGUCUGGCUCCUGCUUUUCUACAUGCCUGUGAAGGAGACGUUUCAUGAAACUAAAUAAAAGAAAUCCUUUCUGAGAUAGAGGAGAUUUGUAGGUGAAUGCAGAAGUGUAUCCAGCUUUGAACCGUGCAUUCCAUCUAUAUUCCUCUUGUCUGAACUCAUGCUCUUUUGAUUAUAUUUUGAAAUAAAGGGCUGCAUUAGUUCUUUUAA